AUGAAGGUUCUCGAACCUCCGUCAUUGCCUGGAAAACUACCUAUUUUAGGCCACAGUUACAUAUUAUAUGGUGAUAAUAUACAUACGUGGAACGUUCUAAAGUGGGUUUCACAGGAGGCACUCACUAAGGGCGGCGUCAUAACAAUGAAUAUUGGCCCUCGACUUGUUUACGCCAUCACAGAUCCAGACGACUUAUACACCGUGGCUAAUAGUUGUUUAUUAAAAGAUUACUUCUACAAUUUCGCCAAGCCUUGGCUUGGAAAUGGAUUAUUCAGCGGUAGUGGUCCCGUAUGGAGACGACAUCGAAAACUGCUGAAUCCAGCAUUCAACCAACAAGUCCUGGACGGAUUUAUAGGCGUCUUCAACGAUCAAUCGAGACGGCUUGUGGGCCAAUUGCUUGUGCAAGUAGGGAAAGGUUCCUUCCCCCACUUGAAGUAUCUAUCCGUAUAUACUUUGGAAACUGUUUUCCAAACUGUAUUUGGCGUAAACGAAAAAUACAACGAUUUAAUAGGCGAAUAUUUGAGCAGCAUAGCACAAAUGCAAAGUAUAUUCACGGAAAGGUUUCAGAAAGUAUGGCUUCACCCAGACAUAUUUUAUAAUAUGUCGCAAUUGAAAGCUACGCAAGAUAAACACGUCAAAUUUCUUCACAGAUUCUCUAAUAUGGUACCUCGGAAAAACAGAAAGCUACAAAUGGCUAAACGAGACAUAAAUGAUGCACAAACUGAUGGUCAAAACGCAAAUGGAGGUAAAUUCAAACCCUUCCUGGAUUUACUUCUUGAACUUUCGAAUAAUGAAGAAGUGAUCACAGAUAAGGAAAUUAGAGAAGAGGUUGACACGUUUAUGAUAGCUGGAUACGAUACUUCUUCCUACGUCCUUAUGUACACUCUUAUGGCUAUCGGAACAUAUCCACAAGUGCAAGAAAAAAUAUAUAGAGAAAUACAAGAUGUUUUAGGAUAUUCCGAUAGAGACGUUACCAAGCACGAUUUACACAAAUUAGUUUACUUGGAAGCAGUUAUAAAAGAAACCUUGAGACUGUAUCCGAUUGCACCCAUCGUUUCGAAGAUUUUUAACUAUCCUAUGCUAUUAUCAUUACUGAAUAUCCUUUUUCUGAAAAAUCUACUCCAAAAGGAAAAACUAUGUGAACCACAGUACAAACACUACUCGAAUGUAGUCGAUGCUACUUUUAUUUAUACACAUGUUGCAGAAAGGUUUUUUAUAAUCGCCAAGAACUAUACGGUGCCAGCUGGAUGCAGCGUAUUUUUGUUAUUUUGGGGCAUGCAUCAUCAUUCAAUCUGGGGCCCUGAUGCAGAACAGUUUAACCCAGAAAGAUGGCUGGAUUCACCCACAUUAUCAACGAACUUAAAACUUUUCGCGGGAUUCAGCAUUGGAAAAAGAAACUGUAUAGCAAAAACAUUUGCAAUGAUGUCGAUGAAGACUACAAUUACACAUCUACUAAGACACUACAAAGUUAACGCAGAUAUUUCUAAGAUCACCUUUGAAAAAAUCGAUCGUUAUGCUCCAACCAGCCUCUGGAAGUGUUAUAAGUUUAGAUUUAAGACGCCCUAA